GUCACAUUUAGACUUAAGAUCUGAUGUCUUGGGUACAAUGAUCAAAUUCUGUUCAAGUUUUGAAGUAGACACUGCCAUUUUGCUGGAAUAGUGACUUGGCCUUAAAAUUAGUCUCAACUCAAGCAAACCUGAUCUGCAACAUGGAAGCAGAGUACUCCAAGCGAGUGUAUCAGGGAGUCCGUGUCAAGCAUACUGUCAAGGAUUUGCUGGCUGAAAAGAGAUCACGACAAACCAGUGGCCCACGUUUUGCUGGGGUGUCCUCUCAGAGCCCGCUCGUCCAAAUGGCAGGUUCCCAUUCUCUGCCGGGAUAUUAUAGCAUGAGAAGACCAAUCUUUUCUGAUGCUGAGUUUUGCUCUUCGAGCAAGCAGUUCUCAGCAGACAUCUAUUCUUCAGCACUGACAGCAAAGUCCUUCUCCUGUGACACUACACCCAUGUCUACUUACUCAUCCCUGAUAGAUAGUUACUACCCAGAGACUUUCAGUGACUACCGCAGUGCUGCUCACACUGGGGGAGGAAGUUCUCUCUUCUCGUCCUCCGCCUUGGCCGCACGGCUUCCCCCUUUUCCUGGAGACACCUCUCACUUUAUGCUGAGGGAUUCCUGGGAGCAGGCCGGGAUAGAGCCUGCAGAGGGGUUGUGUGGGAACGUUUUGGCUCCGGCAACCGUGGAGCCGUCCAGCCCCAGCCAGUACCGCUCGUCCUCCAGGAGCUCCAGCAUGGGCUCGUCACAAUUUUACUCCCUCCACACGUUGGAUGAUAUGCCAUAUCACUCAUCCUUCCAGCUGCCUUCAAGCUUCCCAUGCCCAACAUACAGUGAACAUGUAGCCAAACUCCCAGCCCUGUCCACGGAGGACACAGACAAUGCCCCAUCUGCCCUGAAUGAUAUGCUGCCAUGGGUCAAAGAAGAUGCCACUGGAGCCUGGUCACACUGUGAAAUUAGGAGAACUUUCUGAUGCAGAGCAUUUGAAUUGCAAACAUGGCAAUGCUUGGUGUACAGUACAUAGGAGGAACAAAGGACAGUCCAUUUAAACUUUUAAAACAUCUGGAGCUAAAACUAAUUUUCAGUGGAACAAAUACAAAUAAAAUUGCUCACACGUGAACACACAUUAAUACACGACUGGAUAUUAAAGUAUAUGUAUUAAAACAAAACAAAACAAAAACAUGGAAAGCAAGAGGACAAGUUGUCUAAGAGGACUAAGAUUACGCUGAAUAGAGAGAGACACAGGGCAUUCACUUUUCUUUUUUCUUAUUUAAAUUGCAUUUAAUAUAAUAUGAUAUAGGUAUAUUCACUGA